AUUCCUCAGAAAAUAAUUCAUCACUGCAGCUGCAACAAAGUAACGGUUUGUGAAUUUAAAACAACCGCGCUUUAUUCACGAUCACGUAGUUGUGAUGACAGCUGACGUUUCCAACACCAAAUAAAAUCCAGACAAAGUCCCAAAAGAAGUGUGGUUAUGUUUGUUAAAAAUCGAAGUGUCUUGUUGAAGUUGUUACAAAACCAGGGAUGAAGCCCUGAAUUUUAGUUAAAAUGUUGCCGACCAAAGGCUAUUUUCAAGAUAUCGAAUGCCCGUAUUACGACAAUGCUUGCAACAGGCCUUACUGUCACUUUCGGCACCGAAAGAAGACGCAAGAAACCACCGAGGAAGUUUCAAUCGAGACAACAAAAGAACCGGAAGUUCCUACGUAUAAACCGACCCCCAAAAGCGAGUUAGCGAACAUAAAAAGCCAUAUUCCCAUUAGUUAUGUUCCGGACUUGGCAUUCAGACCUGGCCGAACCCCUCGACCAGUACCAAAGUUCUCAUUUGAGAAGCCUACGUAUAAACCAACACCGCUGAGUAUAUUGUCUUCGGCGAACAAGCGCGAAAACGGGCUGGAAAGUGAUGAGAAGGAGACGAGUGAAGAGAUAGAAGCAAUCAGGGAAAUCAAACAAAAUAUUGCCAAUGCAGAAUACAAUCCAGAAGUGUCUUUACAGGAUGAUAUCAACUUCGAGGACUUGUCGGCGGAGUUUGACCUAAUUGAUGACAUAAUUCAAGAGCCUAGUGACAAACAAGCCAAGAGUAAUAAUUCGACAGAGAACGUGGUGAAGAAGGUGGAGAAGGCAAUCAGUAUUCUGAAAAGUAGUAACGAAGAAGGAAAAAUUGAAAAGGAAAAAGAGAAAUCGUCAAAGGAUAAGCCUGAAAAAUCGGAAAAACGAAGCAGUGGCAGCAGUAGCAGCAAAUCUCAUAAAUCAAAACAUCACAAUAAGAAAGAUACCAAAGACAAAUCUAAAGAAAGUAGUAGGGACAGACACAAGGAGAAAAGCACAAAAUCUGACAGGAGUAAAGAAAAGGAGAAAGAGAAGGGUUCAGGACACAAGAGCAAACACAAAAGUAGUAGAGAUAGGGAAAAAAGUAAAAGUAGAGAUAAGGAUAGAAAAAAAAGUAGUAGCAAAAGUAAGAGUAGGGAUAAGGAUAAACGCGAUAAAGAAAGGCGGUUGCGGGACGACGAUAGCAGCAGUGAGAAAAAAUCGAAAAAAGCGUCAGAAUCCUCUAGUGAUGAGAUCGAUAAUAGUGAAAUUUUUGAAACAAACAAUUUCGACGAUUACUCCGACUUUGACUUGGAAGACGAAGAUACUUUAUCAGAAUGUUAUAAAAUAUUUAGUGAAUAUGAACCCCCGAAAGUCGAACACAAAGAUCCGUCGCCCCCAGAACCUGUCAAAGAUGUACAAGAAGACAUCACCGCUAGUAAGAAACGUAUAGCACAUAGUUCAGCACAUAUUAAUGAGAGCGGAUCAAAAAUAAACUAUGUUAAACCAAAAAUUCAAGUUACGCCUGCGCAAAUGUUGGCUAAUCGCUUCAAGUUGGCAAAAGCAGCUCAAGCUAAUGAUGAGCAGAAAAAUAUAAUAAAUGAAGUGAAACAGACAGCUAUUAAAAGACCACCUCCAAGUUUGUUAGAAGCUGCUAGAAGUUACAAACUUCAGAAACUCUCAGUCAAAGAAAAACCAAGCGAAAAUGUUAAUCUAAUUGACUCUAUUUUGAAUAGUGCUAAAAAUAAACCUAAGAAAAUAGCACCUGUUCAAAACGUAAAUUCCAUCCAAAGAGCUAAAGCACGGAUAGAAGAAUUAGCUAAAAAGAAAGCGACUGAAACCAUCAGCAAAACAACAGCACAAACAGUGAAAGGAAAACGUGUGGCUCACGUUCCUGAUAUUUCUUUAUCAGAUAUACCGGAUGUGUUAAACGCUGAUAAAUCUAAACUCCCCAUAAACGUUCGCACACGAUUUCUAACAAUGAUUGCUGAUGAAUGCGUGAAGUUGUAUUUGACGAAAGAAGACGCUUAUAAUAGGGCACUGACUGAAGAGUUCAGUUGUUACGAAAAAUGCAAAGUCCUCAUCACUUAUAAAAACUCAGCAAUGUUGGCGGUGAACCGCCUCAGGAAAGAGUUACAAGAAAGAGAAAGAUUAGGUCUGGGACCUAUUGGUGAAGGCGAGUCAUCAGAGAAAGAUAGUUCUUCAGAUUUCAAAGGAAAAAAGUUCUAUAACCACAUUAAGCAAUACAUUUUGUCAGAGGAAGAGCUUGAUAUUCACGGGUACCCAAAAGAAAGCUCAACACCUGGCAAAGCAGUGAUAAAAAAUCGCAGAAGUAAAAUCGACGUAAGUCUGGGAGAAAAUCAAAGGAAGUGUACAAGAUGCUCCAAAAUCUACUUAGUGGAUGAAGACGGUUUCGUGUUAUAUCCAGAAGAAUGCCUGUAUCACCCCCUAAAGAAGAGGACCCUGAGAGGUGAACAAACCUACCUUUGUUGCAAAACUAACGACGGUGUUGGCUGUGUAACAUCAAAUACUCAUGUCACGGAAUGUUGUGGUGAUAGUGAACUGGAAGGUUUCCAAACUACUAUGAAACCAGAGUCUGAUGAUGACCCGCGAAAUUAUGCAGUGUACGCUCUGGACUGUGAAAUGUGUUACACCAUUAAAGGUUUGGAAUUGACUAGAGUGACAAUCGUGGACUCUGAUUGUAAAACCGUGUAUGAAUCGUUAGUGAAACCCUUAAACCCCAUAAUAGACUACAAUACAACGUUCUCUGGUAUAACCAUGGAUCAAAUGGAACGAACUAGUACCAGUAUUUUGCAAGUUCAGGCAAAUAUUUUGCAUUUGUGUAAUUCUAAAACUAUUUUAAUUGGUCACAGUCUAGAGUCCGACAUGAAAGCCUUAAAAAUAAUUCACGGGACUGUUAUAGACACGUCUGUGUUGUUUCCGCAUAAAAUGGGUCUGCCUCAUAAGAGGGCGCUGAAAGUUUUGGCUAGUGAGUUUUUGAAGAAAAUUAUACAGAAUAGUGUGAGUGGACACGACAGUGCUGAAGAUGCCAUUGCUUGCAUGGACUUGGUGAAGUGGAAACUGAAAGAAGAGUUGAAAGUACGUGGAAUUAAGUGACCAAGGUGUAUGUAUAUUUUUUACUUGUUAAUUUAUGUUAAAAUAUAUGUGUAUAUGAAAUUGUUGAUAUGUAUAAAUGUCGAAAGCAUUAUGUCCAUUAUUUAAGACUAAUACAGUUGUGUGGAUCAAUUUCUAUUAUUAAAUUAAGUAUUUAUUAUGUUCACAAAUUUUUGUAAUAAAUUUAUAUCACGGUAGUUAUACCGCCC